GAUGCCUAGAGCGUCGCCGGAAAUGGGACCAUAAAAUACGAGGAAAAGCGGCUAGAGCGGUCACGGAAGAUUAAAAAAGGGGAGGAAUCGUUGAUACUGGCCUAAAUAGGAAGAAACCGGAAACGGAAGUCCAGAGUGCCGCAAAGGAAGCGGAGGCGUGUCCUAGCCAUCCCUUUUAAACAGGGGGCGCGAGAGCAGUGGGAUCAGUGGCCGUGGAGUGAGCUAGAGAGGCCUCUGGGUCGGGGCUGGGGGCUUUUAGGGGGCGCCUCGGCGCCAUGUCCUACGCCUACCUCUUCAAAUACGUCAUCAUCGGGGACACCGGUGUCGGAAAAUCAUGCCUGUUGUUACAAUUCACAGAUAAACGGUUCACAGCUGUCCACGACUUGACAAUUGGUGUGGAGUUCGGAUCACGGAUGAUCACCAUAGAUGACAAAAAGAUCAAGCUGCAGGUUUGGGAUACGGCUGGACAGGAAUCCUACCGUUCCAUCACCCGCUCAUACUACAGAGGGGCAGCCGGGGCACUGCUGGUUUACGACAUCACCAGGCGGGAGACUUUUAACCACUUGUACUCCUGGCUAGAGGAUGCGCGACAGCAAUCCAGCGCCCAUAUGGUGAUCAUGCUUAUCGGCAAUAAAAGUGAUCUGGAGAACCGGCGUGUUGUACAGAAAGAAGAAGGUGAAGCAUUUGCCCGGGAACAUGGCAUGGUUUUUCUGGAGACAUCAGCAAAGACCGCAACCAAUGUGGAAGAGGCCUUUCUCAGCACUGCAAAAGCUAUCUACAGAAAAGUCCAGAAGGGCCAAUUUGAUCUUGCCAAUGAGGGAAAUGGCAUCAAGAUUGGGCCCCAGCAUCCCUCCAUGACACAAAGUGCAUCCACUGUCCGCCACGGUCCUCAAGGCUCCGGAGACCGAUUAGGGUGCUGCUGAGUUCCCCUGAAAUCUAGCCAGAGAUGUUAAAGCUUGUGAAUGCUCAGAGGAUAUUUCGUCUCUCUCUUUUGUUCAAUAUCAGGCACUGUACUGGCAGGGAUCUGCCCAUCCAACCUUCCCCCAGCCCUGCCUACUUCUUCCCUCUAUGCAUGAGGACUAGGACUAUCUUGGACCUAGAUUUGUUUCUAGGCAUGAGCAGUUUAUUCGAGAGCCUGUGGGUUUUAUGUUCACCUCCUGACAUUCCUUAUGGGAAAAGGUGCUUCCCUCAGUUUGUGCCUUUACUUCAGUGGUUUUCUCUCCUGCUGUUGAGAGAUUUUCACUCCUGCUUUGGGUUCAUGGAACCCUGGGAGUCAUCCAAGCUAAUCUACCCCAGUUUUAGACGUUAAACUGUACUUCACUGUUGUUUUCCUCCAUAUUAAAUAUUUCUGUGUUCAA